AGAGAUGGCAAAAAGAGCACAAACAGCAGGAUCAGAUCAAGAAAUGUUGUCUCAGGCAGAGACAGAAGACACAGACACUGGAGAAGCGUCAUCGGAAAGUAUGACAGGUCAAAGUACAAACAGUACCGAGGCAUCAGAGUCCAGUUUAACCUCAACAAGCUCAGCAGAUCUUGCUGAGGAAUCCGAUGUUGAACGUCCUGGAAGAAAACUUACUAAUAUUAGUGUAGAUCUUACAGAUGUGACAGCACUAGAGGACAAUGCAUCACAAGUAGGUGAUAGCUCAUCUAGUGAUGCAUAUGGAAGAGAGGAAGGGUGUAGGAAUAAUGCAGAAACAAACACAAGUGAUAAAGGAAAAGUGAAAUGCAGCUUAUUAGGCCUAGAUUUCAGUAGUGACUGGUAUAAUAAUGAUUGUUUCAAAGCCUACUGGCAACAUUAUAAUCAAGUGAUGUCAUGGUGUCAAAAACACACUCAGGUCUGUGAGAAACUAAGAAAAAAAUCUGCAAGGACAGCAAGUACCUCAGGAGGUCACAGGUUCCACCCAGGUGAUCCUUUCUCAGAAACAUUUCAGUAUCCGAACUCUAUGUAUAUGACGUCCUGGAAUCAUCCCUAUACAUAUUACCAGCAUGAUACAAACAAAAAUUUAAAUGUGAGAAGAAAUUCAAAUGGUGCUAGUCCAGUGAGUAAAACUCGUCAUAGAAAGAGAAAAGCAAAACAGCGUAAACCGAAGUCGGCAAGUUCCAGUGAAGUGACUUCAUGCGAAACGCAGACUGAGACAAGUGAGGAAUUCCAAAUGGAAAUUACCCAGGACAUGAUCGAUUUCUUCGCAAAGACUCAGGCACAUAGGAAAGAGAGAGAUGAAGCCAGGAAAGCAGAGAGGGAAGAUGAAGCAGCUGAACCAGAACAUAUCAAUGUAGAGGAUGUUAAAAUAACAGAAGCAAGAACUCCUACAGUUGAGGCCCCUAAGGAAAGACCUGGUGCAAAAAGAACAGCGGAAAUGAAGUUACUAUAUGGAAAAGGAGCUGCCAUGAUUCAUGGGAUGGAAACUGCUCUACAGAUGACAUAUGAUAGAAAUGUGGACAUAAAACAGCCGAAAACAUGGCCUAAUAUGCCACUUAGGGUUGUCUUCGGAUAGUAUUUUGUUCAUUCACUACGCUUCCCAUAUUCUGCCGGUGACCAAGUGCAUUUAAGUGCCUUAAAUAAAUCAGGCACAGUAACAAAGUAUCUCUGUUGUUACUAAAAGUGUUCAUCAACAUUAGAGUCAUUAAACACUCCAGUGGCAGGUCAAGCUUCCUCAGAUGUGCCGAAUUUCACCAUUCGGCAUCGAAAUAGUCGAACACAGCUCUUGUUUGUUUUUCUUCAGAUGUAAGGCUAAUCCUUAAUUAAUUUCAGAGACUAAUGGACAUUGUUAGUAUGAAUGAAUUCGAUAUUGUAAUGUUCAUCUGAAAAUUUGCCCCAUUUUAACUCCAUAAGAAUCAGAUAUCUACAGUGAAAUUAUUGAAAGUUCUAGGGAUUAGUUGCACAAAAGUCAAGGCCACAGUGACAAUAAGGCUUGUAUGGUUUCCAUCAGUAUCAGUAAUGUAGUUUACAGAGGAAGGGAGAUUAUAAUGAAUGGUUUUAAGUGUAAAUAUUAGUAUGUUUCCACAACUUUCGCAAAUUGAAUAUAUUUACCCCGAGUAUGAGUUACCUUUUUGCCACUGAGGUAGAUGUUUUCGUGAAUUUAUUUACUGGAUUACAUGUAACACAUCAAUAAAAAAAGUGAAAUUGCAUAAAUCAUAUAACAAAUUGUCGGUGCUCUGUUACAUUGUUGUUUUGUCUGAUUUAUGAACAUGACAGGUUGGGUGUAUCUGAUGUCACACCUACUGUUUUGGUGGUGAACAGGUUAAGGUCAUUAUACUGCAAGCUGAUAAAUAACAGGAGAAUGCUUUAGCUUAUAGCUGUAAAAACUGUAAGGAAUGCUUCUCGUUAGAAUCCUCAGUGAAAAAGGGUCAGUUAUAUGUAGUAGGGUAGAGUAUAAGGGUGCACUUAUACUUCCUUGCUAUUGAGCUAGCUUUUAUAGCGACGUGGUAGAGUGUCCCCCUUAGGUGUGAGAGGUCCCGGGUCCGAUUCCCGGUCAGGGCUGAAGUAUUUUCAACCUGUUACAUAUGGCGCCCAACAUAAAUAACUCACAAGUAGAUAUGAAUGGACACCUUGGAAUGUCCCAAAGAGGUUCAAACUCCUGGAAUUCAAGGACGAAUUCUAAAAUGGAGGGGGUGUAUGUAGUAGGGUAGAGUAUAAGGGUGUAUAAAGGUCAAGGUCAAAGUAGCAUUCAAAUAUAAAACGAGUUCUAAUCAAUAAAGGGAGAAACUUUACAAAGGCAAAUGACCCUUAUGGGACCAUUAAGGUCAAAGGGCAUUUUAUAUUUUAGACUGAAAUUUACAUACACAGUUAACUUCGACAUGCUGUCAAGGGCAUACUAGUUUUAUUUCUCUUUUGCUAAGAGUAUAUAAAGUAUAUGUGGAAAAUGUCCACUGUUACCAGUAUGCUUCUUGUUACACUUGUUACGCUCUCAGUUGUUUUUGAAAUACUGAAAUUUAUUUCAUUUCAUGUCUACUUUUUAAAAUUUUUAAUUUAAGAGUAUCUAUUUCUGAUAUCAGCCUUGUUAAUAUUACUCUGAUACUGAAUGAAAUGAAUAAAAGUCUAAAGAUUAUAAGUGUCUUUAAUACUCAGAUUUUACAUAUGGGGUCACCAGGUCAAAGGUCAAGGUCACAGGGACCAAUGUUAACUUUUUGCAUGAAGGCACUUUACUUGCGAACCACUGCACCCAGGACCUUCAAACUUCACAUGCUGAUAGUACUUAUUGAGUACACGACCCCUACUGACUUUGGGGUCACCAGGUCAAAGGUAAAGGUGCUGCUGGGGCAUUUGUCACCAUUAGUGACAGCUCUUGUUGUGAUAAAAGUUUCAGAUAUUCCAAUUCUUUAACCUCCUGUGAACUACUCUGGUGCCAUCUUGACCAUCUUAUUGAAAUGAUGAUAGUGUAUUUUAUUCGCUUAAAGGGACGUAUUAUGUUAUGAUGCCGGUGUCUGUCUGUCUGUCUGUUCCUUAGCCAUUUCAUGUCUGCUCUGUAACUCUAGAACCCUUGAGAUUAGAGACCACCAAUUGCUUUCCCAUAGACUUACAUUAUAUUAUUGUGGUGUGUAAGGUUCCAUAAAUCAAAACAUGUACAUGUAUAUCUAAUUACAUAUUUUUCAAGAACUAUCUUAGUUCUACCAAAAUAUCGGACGAAAAACAUAUGAAUAGUGAUACUCUAUUAGUUCAUCUGAGCCGAAGGCUCAUCGUGAGCUUUUUUGACUGCUCAAUGUGCGUCGUGCGGCCGUCAACAAUUUGUAAAAAAAAUCUUCUUCUUGAAAACCACUGAGCAGAAUUACACCAAACUUCACAGGAAUGAUCCUUGGGUGGUCCCCUUUCAUAACUGUUCAAAGAAUUUAAUUCCAUGCAGAACUCUGGUUGCCAUGGCAACCGAAAGGAAACUUUAAAAAUCUUAUUGUCCAAAACCGCAAGCCUUAAUAUUUGGCAUGUGACAUCAUCUUAUGGUCCUCUAUGAAGAUUGUUCAAAUUAUGCCCCUGGGUUGAAAAGAGGCCCCUCCCCGGGGGUCACAAGUUUUACAUAGACUUAUAUAGCAAAAAACUUUAAAAAUCUCCUUGUCUAAAACCAAAAGACCUAGACCUUUGAUAUUUGGUAAGUAGCAUUGCCUGUGGAUCUCUAACAAGAUAGUUCAAAUUAUGCCCCUGGGGUGAAAAGAGGCCCAGCCCAGGGGGUCACUUGUUAUAUGAGUUAUAUAGGAAUAAAUACUUAAAAAGUCAUCAGAUCAUAUUUCCUAGACUGUUCAAUUGUAAUUAUCUGAUAACCCCAAUGGAUUAGGGAUCACUUGAUCAUGACUUUGACCUACUGACCUUCUUUCUUGUUUUUAGCUCACCUGAGCACAAAGUGCUCAAAGGUGAGCUUUUGUGAUCGCCGUGUCCGUCGUCCGUCAGUCUGUUGUCAACAAUUUGACUGUUAACACUCUAGAGGUCACAAUUUUGGCCCAGUCUUAAUGAAACUUAGAAUGUUACCCUCAAUAAAAUCUUGGAUGAGUUCGAUAUUGGGUCAUCUGGGGUCAAAAACUAGGUCACCAGGUCAAAUCAAAGGAAAAGCUUGUAACACUCUAGAGGUCGCAAUAUUGGCCCAAUCUUAAUGAAACUUGGUCAGAAUGUUACCCUCAAUAAAAUCUUGGACGAAUUCGAUAUUGGGUCAUCUGGGGUCAAAAACUAGGUCACCAGGUCAGAUCAAAUGAAAAGCUUGUUAACACUGUAGAGGUCACAAUUUUGGCCCAAUCUUAAUGAAACUUGGUCAGAAUGUUAUCCUCAAUAAAAUCUUGGACGAGUUUGAUAUUGGGUCCUCUGAGGUCAAAAACUAGGUCACCAGGUCAGAUUAAAGGAAAAGCUUGUUAACACUGUAGAGGUCACAAUUUUGGUCCAAUCUUAAUGAAACUUGGUCAGAAUGUUAUCCUCAAUAAAAUCUUUGACGAGUUUGGUAUUGAGUCAUCUUGGGUCAAAAACUAGGUCACCAGGUCAAAUCAAAGGAAAAGCUUGUUAACACUGUAGAGGUCACAUUUAUGACUAUAUCUUCAUGAUACUUGGUCAGAAGGUUAAUCUUGAUGAUCUCAAUGUCCAGUUUGAAUCUGCGUCAUGCAGAGUCAAAAACUAUGUCACUAGGUCAGAUCAAAGGAAAAGCUGGUUAACACUAGAGGCCACAUUUAUGACCAUAUCUUAAUGAAACUUGGUCAGAAUGUUAAUCUUGAUGAUCCAUAGGUUAAGUUCAAAUCUGGGUCAGGUGGGGUCAAAAACUUGGUCACCAGGUUAAAUCAAAGGAAAAGCUUGUGAACACUCUAGAGGUCACAAUUUUGGCCCAGUCUUAAUGAAACUUGGUCAGAACGUUACCCUCAAUAAAAUCUUAGACGAGUUUGAUAUUUGGUCAUCUGGGGUCAAAAACUAGGUCACCAGGUCAAAUCAAAGGAAAAGCUUGUUAACACUGUAGUGGCCACAUUUAUGAUCAUAUCUUAAUGAAACUUGGUCAGAAUGUUAGUCUUAAUGAUCUAUAGGUCAAUUUAAAUCUGGGUCAGGUGGGUUUAAAAACUAGGUCACUAGGUCAAAUCAAAGGAAAAUCUUGUUAACACUCUAGAGGCCACAUUUAGGACUAUAUCUUCAUGAAACUUAAUCAGAAUGUUAAUCUUGAUGAUCUUUAGGUCAAGUUUGAAUCUGGGUCAUGUGGAGGCAAAAGCUAGGUCACCGGGUCAAAUCAAAGGAAAAGUUAGUUAACACUUUAGAGGCUACAUUUAUGACCAUAUCUUAAUGAAACUUUGUCAGAAUGUUGAUCUUGAUGAUCUUUAGGUCAAUAGGUCAGGUGAGCAAUACAGGGCCUUCAUGGCCCUCUUGUUUAAGAUACAGCCCUGAAAUUUGGAUGACAUGUACAGUUCUGCACACCGAUCUUAAAACUGACUUUCAGUGACCAUGAAUGUGACCUACUGACCUACUUCCUAAUAUUUUAGCAUCAAUUUGGCAUUUUAAACCUGUGGCUCAUAUUACUCAGGUGAGCGAUUCAGGGUCAUCAUGACCCUCUUGUUUAUUUUUGUGUGAAUGCGAUGACCACAUUUACAUCAAUGGCAUGACGGAAGAAAUUUGGUUGAUACAACAUUUUUUUCGAUACACAAAUUGUUGCAAAUUUUGUCAAAAUGUAUAAUAAAAAACUGUAAAUGCAGUAAAAAAUCUCAGUUUUGAAAAAAAAAAUCACUUCUU